CACAGGCAGACAGAGUGGCAGGCAGAGUCAGAGGGAGAAGCAGGCUCCCUGCGGAGCAAGGAGCCUGAUGUGGGACUCGAUCCCAGGACGCUGGGAUCAUGACCCCAGCCGAAGGCAGCUGCUCAACCAACUGAGCCACGCAGGCGUCCCACCCAGUACUUUUUUUAAAAAUAGAGAUUUACAAUAGGUUUUCAUGGAUAAUUUUUUUUUUUAAGAUUUUAUUUAUUUGACAGAUCACAAGUAGGCAGAAAGGCAGGCAAGGGAGAGGAGGAAGCAGGCUCCCUGCCUAGCAGAGAGCCUGAUGCGGGGCUUGAUCCCAGGACCCUGAUUAGGACCUGAGCUGAAGGCGGAAGCUUCAACCCACUGAGCCACUCAGGUGCCCCCAUGGAUAUAUUUUUUUUUUAAAUGGGAUACAGGAAAGGGAUCUAGUUGACAUCUAUCCUUAGAAAUAUUAGCCGUUUUUUUUAAACAAUCCAGUUCCUCAUCUGUUGCUUUUUCAUUUUGUAUACUGCAAGUUCCCAAGCAACUCAAAUUUGCAAACACAGCUAUGGAUACAAUAUUUGCUUUAGUUAUAUGGGAUUCUAGUUCUCUUUUGUUAUUUUCCCCACCCAUUCAUUUCUUAAUCAUAUAUAACUAGCUAUGGCUAGAGGUUGAUUUGCAAGUUCCUAAGUCUGUAACCUCUAGUUUGAAGCAAGAAAAGGAUGAGUAGUCAGGAACUGGUCACUUUGAAUGUGGGAGGGAAGAUAUUCACAACAAAGUUUUCUACCAUAAAGCAGUUUCCUGCUUCUCGGUUGACACGAAUGAUAGAUGGCAGAGACCAAGAAUUUAAGAUGAUUGGUGGCCAGAUUUUUGUGGACAGAGAUGGUGUUCUAUUUAGUUUCAUCUUGGAUUUUUUGAGAACUCACCAGCUCUUAUUACCCACCGACUUUUCAGACCAUCUUAGGCUUCAGAGAGAGGCUCUUUUCUAUGAACUGGAUCCUCUGGUUGAUCUCUUAAACCAAGAACACCUGCUACAGCCAAGACCUGCUCUUGUGGAGGUGCAUUUCCUAAGCCAAAACACUCAAGCAUUUUUCAGAGUGUUUGGCUCUUGCAGCAAAACAAUUGAGAUGCUAACUGGGAGGAUUACAAUGUUUAUAGAGCAACCUUCAGCACUGACCUGGAGUAGUAACUCCUUCCCUCCUCAGAUGACCUUACUUCCACUGCCUCCACAAAGACCUUCUCACCAUGACCUGGUUUUCCAAUGUGGCUCUGACAGCGCUACUGAUAACCAAACUGGAGUCAGGUAUGUUUCUAUAAAACCAGAUAACCGAAAAUUGGCCAACGGAACUAAUGUCCUCGGCUUACUAAUCGACACUUUAUUAAUGGAAGGCUUCCACCUAGUCAGCACUAGAACAUUAUCUUCUGAAGACAAAAGUGAAUGCUAUAGCUUCGAAAGGAUAAAAAGGCCUGAAGCUCUCACCAUGAACAAAACACUGAAAUCAGAGAUUACCAUCACGUCAGAGCAAUCUCAGAAAAAGAAAUGAAGUUCUCUGUUCUUUUUUAGAGUAAAGAGAAAUUGCCAUUUUCUUGUUUGGAAA